GCUUUUCGGAACGACGUCGCAUUAGCCGUACCUCCGGUUUCUUUUACCUCCAAAUCCUGAAAAUUGCCGGUUAAGGGUUUCCAACCAGAAGAGAGGAAGAAGAUGAAGAUAGUGACGUACAACGUGAACGGGCUGCGGCCGCGCAUUGCCCAGUUCGGCUCUCUGCUCAAAUUGCUGAAUUCAUUGGACGCCGAUGUCAUCUGCUUCCAGGAAACCAAGCUGCGACGGCAGGAAUUGACCGCCGACUUGGUCAUGGCGGAGGGCUACGAGUCCUUCUUCUCCUGCACCCGCACCUCCGAAAGAGGCCGCACCGGGUACUCGGGUGUGGCGACGUUUUGCCGGGUGAAUUCGGCGUUCACGAGUGACGAAGUGGCGUUACCGGUGGUGGCGGAGGAAGGAUUCACUGGGGUUCUUGACAGUGGGAAAGGAGAAAUGAAUGCGGUUGCGGAGGGGCUUGAGGAGUUUUCGAGAGAUGAGCUACUGAAGGUUGAUGGCGAGGGGCGUUGUGUUAUCACGGAUCAUGGGCAUUUUGUUCUCUUCAAUUUGUAUGGGCCUCGAGCGGGGGGUGAUGAUACGGAAAGGAUCGAGUUUAAGUUCAAGUUUUUCAAGAUUUUAGAGAAAAGGUGGGAGUCUCUCCUGCGUCAGGGGAGGAGGAUAUUUGUUGUUGGUGAUCUUAACAUUGCACCCACUUCAUUAGAUCGUUGUGAUGCCCAACCAGAUUUUGAGAACAACCAAUUUAGAAGAUGGUUUAGAUCGAUGUUGGUGGAAAAUGGAGGCUCCUUCUUUGAUGUUUUCAGGGCAAAGAAUCCUGAUAGAAGAGAAGCAUACACAUGCUGGUCACAAAGUUCAGGUGCUGAAGAAUUUAAUUAUGGCUCUAGAAUCGACCACAUUCUGUGUGCAGGGGUAUGCUUACACCAAGAGCAGGACUUGCAAAGCCAUAACUUUGUAACUUGCCAUGUCAAGGAAUGUGACAUAUUGACACAAUUUAAACGGUGGAAACCCGGAAAUUCACUGAGGUAUAGGAUACAUAGAUGCUUGCUUUUUGUGUGUGCAGCCCAUGCAUGGAUGUCAUCCUGUAUUACUUUUGCUUUUGGGAUUAUCAACAGUAGGUGGAAGGGAGGGCAGAACAUCAAACUCGAAGGCUCUGAUCAUGCUCCAGUUUACACAAGUUUACUGGAAAUUCCUAGUGUUUCCCAGCAUAGCACCCCAUCUUUAUCUGCUAGAUACAUUCCAAUGGUUCGAGGUCUCCAACAAACCAUUGUGUCGUUGCUAAUGAAAAGACAAGCUGCUGAACAAGUUACUACAGAUGGAAAUUUCAUUAAAGAGAGUUCCAGUGAGGGAGAAAGAAUAUCACCUGAACAAUGUUGCACACCCAGUGGCGACUCCUGUUCUUCGAGCCAAAACUCUGAAGUUCUCUGUUCAAAAACAUACGAGCAUUCAAGCACCUUAGCUAUUGAGGCCACUUGUAACACCUUGGUAACUUUAGGUGGUGAAUGUAACAAAACAAUGUGCGGCAAUGAAGCUAAGAAAAAAGCAAAAAGGAGCUCCCAACUCUCAUUGAGGUCAUUUUUCCAGAAAAGUCUGAUCACUAGCAACAGUGUGAGCAAUAGUAGUGUUAUUUCUACUAAUCAGGGAAAUGUUCCAGAUUCUAAUCAUCUCUCAAAUGAAACUCCAGUACCAGAAAAUCAAAGUGGCAGUCCCAAGCAGUGUGAACUGAACUCAAGUGCAUCAAUUCAGGAUAGCGAUGAAGUAGAUGUCUACUCUUUGGACAAAUCUUUGGACAAAGAGAAGAAUAAUUUUGCAUUAUUGGAGUGGCAAAGGUUACAGCAAGUCAUGCAGAAUAGCAUACCACUUUGCAAGCGUCAUAAUGAACCUUGUGUUGCUCGGGUUGUGAGGAAGCGAGGUCCUAAUUUUGGACGCAGAUUUUAUGUCUGUGCGCGUGCUGAGGGACCUGCAUCUAAUCCUGAAGCAAAUUGUAAUUAUUUCAAAUGGGCUUCCUCGAAACCUCGACAGAAAUGAUGGUGGUGAUCGGUCAUGCCAGGUGAUAAUGGAUGCCGUGCUGUUAGUUUCCGGCCUACUUUUUGGGACGAUGUAGGGCUGACCAUCUCGGUAUGGAAAAUUUUGUAAUUAAAAUGAUUCUUUUUGAAAUAUUGUCUCUGGCAUAAGCUCCUUUGUUGUAUUAUGUAGCAGUAUUUUCUUGUUAGUGAAUUGAUUGCAGUGUUACCCGAAAGAAAUAUGUUUCCAGAA